UUUUGCCAAAACCUCUCCUUACCCAACAAGGCCAUGCUAAAAAUUACUUGGUAAAUGGUAAUGUGCUGAAAUGGUGAGGAAAAUUGCUGAAGAAGUAGUCGCUUCACCAAAGCGGAGCUUCACUCGUCCUACAGAGAUUUGUCUUGAAGAAUGGUGGCUUUCGAAACUUGAAGGUGCGAAGGGUUUAGCUGUAAGCGGUCGUCCAGUUGAGCUCAGAAAAUUGGAUAAUGCACACCGGAAAGUUCAUUCUGCUCCUGCUAAGAGGAGAUAUGCUUCGAGAGAAUUUCACUCUACAGAAAUUAUGAAGAGGCAUGGUUGUACCACACUUGAGACUUCUGAUGGCUUUAUAGUUUCUCUAUGUGGAUUUAUAAACAAGUCUCGCACGCAACAAAACGGAUUUUCCUCCGAGGUUUGCAGAGAUUUCAUGAUUGGAUUUCCUUAUAAUUGGGAUGAUUAUGCUGCGUCUGUGGGUGAAGAAUCCAGUCGAGUUAACCUCGAAGAGUUUGGUGAGUCCUUCCUGCCUGCAGCUUUAGAUGUCUACAAUGGUGCGCAGUUGCAUGACUUGGUGCUGUCUCUGUCUGAUGCCGGAAGAGAUCUGUUCAACAAAAAAAUGUACGACAAUUUGAUUAAUAUGGUGAGUCCACAACCUCUGGACGGAAUUGAAGCUCAACCAUCAAACUCUUCUCCAUCUCAUAUUGAUGCGAGUGUUUUAGACUCUGAAUCUCCAAGGACAGAGAAUAGAAACAAGCGACGAAGGGAUGCCUUGUCUGACACGUCUCCUGAACAGGAUUCACAGGACUCGCGAGAGGAGAAAAGAAAUGUGAUUGAAUGUGCACUGGCUUCUUUAAAGCAGAGAGUCUGGGAGUAAACUCUUUACUAGUCGUAUAAAUCUUAAAAUUUGUAUAGUGCUAGAAGUUAGGUAGGAGGGAGCUUAUACAAUCUGCUCCCAAUUAACUUAGAAGUGUGUCAGCCCGAUACCAAGCCAUGGUAUUGACUGUUUAGCCAAGGUUUAACGACCAUGGAUUGGUUUAGCAAUUGCCCCAUUUGUGUUUGUGUUUUUAGAUACUAUUAUAUAUAUUAUAAUG